CAGACGGAGCGCAAGCCGCCUAAAACUAUCACGUCUGAGUUCUUGGAAAAUUGUUAAUAAAAAACCAAAAAUUGUCCUCAAUUUCUACCGAUAUAUCCGAAAAUCUUCAAAUUUUUCGUUCGCACUUCCAGUAGCUAACUAACGGGUUUCUAAUAGUAGGAGAACUCGAUUGUCGAAUUCUCUCUUGUCUUGGGAAUAUCAAAGUUCUCUUUUCAUUUUUUGUUUUUUAAAAUUUCGAGUUUGAGUACAAAAUGUGCGCAUGACUUAUUACUAACUUGCUGUUCUUCAAAUCACCACUAAUCAAAAUCAUCACGCAGUCGGCUGCAACGUCGGCAGAGCCGAGUGUGACUUUGGCCGAGACCGACUCACAGACUCUCUCUUUUCUUAAAUUAAAGAAAAAUAAAUUGAUGCAAGUGUGGCGACUGAUCUGAUCUGAUGAAAAUGGUAGCGGCGUUUGUGAUGAUUUGUCAACAGGUUGGCGAUCAAGCAGUUCCACAGUUACCGCAGGGCAACUUGUGACAUAUGUACAUAGAUUUGGUAUUGGAGGCUAUCAGUAACUGAACCAGGGAAAUGCGGAUGGGGACGUGUGGGUGAGGUGCCAAGCCCCAAAGCGAUGGCACGAGUCUGCGCUUAACUCUAAUUAGUUGACCGCUCUACCAUGACUUGACCUUUGCCGAUUACCAAUGGCCACCCUGCCCCGAAAUAAAAUUGACCAAAUGCAAAUGAACUGAAUGGAAAACUGAAUAACUGAAUAACUGAAACACUGCCGAACAAUGCACCCACAACCCCACAACUAGCAAAUACGAUCUCGAAAAAUAAAAUACAGGCACGCACACCAGCCAGCAAUCCGCUUUUGAAUAAUUGCUGGUAUUAGUCUAUAGUCAGUUAAACUGUACUAUAGUGGCACACAUAGUACGUAUGUAGUAUGUGCAUAUAUAGGCACACACACACUCGGAUCCAGAGCCAAAUCAAGCUCGGCGAAAAACAUAAAAAAAAAGAAAAGUGAGCUCGGUUUGGACUAAAGCGCUUCAAGCACCGAUUCAGAAUCAGUUUAACGUCAACGUCGGUGGCAUCAAGACAAUAUAUGUACACACAACAACACCAGCCGAAUCAUAUCAAAAAAUUUCGUCCAAGGAACGAGAACGGAAACGAUAGCGAAAUAUCGAGAUUAGUGUCAGCGAGUACAAAGACGCGAGUGAACGCGGCACGGAACGAAGCGAACCAAAGCGUAGCAGCGCGGGAAAAAGCGGAAAGCGGAAGGCGGAAAGUGGAAAGCGCUGCGUAACGGGAUCUGACUUAGUGUUUUUGUUUUUGUGCCAUAACCUUUGUGUGAGAGUGUCAAGAAGAGCAAGCAAUACCUAAGAGAAACUUAGCGCAAUUUUUCCGCAAUCCAAAGCGAAAAGAAGAGUAAUUGCUCAGCUUAAGCUCGUGUCACUGUACUUGUUUUAUUCCCUUGAUUCAGGCUCAGAAUAAAAUCACAGUUGAGGAAAAAUCGAAGGAAACAAAUGUUGCCCAAUUUUAGAACGAAAUGAGAUGCAGGACCGUCUUGCCGAGGUGAAAUCGUGUGCGUGUGAGUGAGGAAGUGUUCGUCGGUUCGCGGCAGAGUGUCAGUGUGUUUGUGAGUGCCCCAAUUGCCUCUGCUCCGCCAUCCGCCAUCCACCACCCACAAGAUUCCAUCCAGCCGCGGAUUCUACGUGCCAUUGUGGAUCAUCUGGAUCCAUAGCGCAAAUUGAGAUAUCGCUCACCGCCUCACUUAAGCUUAAGCCGAGCUGAAAAGAGAACCCAAGCCGGAGGGAGAGAGGAGAGAGGAGAGGUCGGAGAUCGAAAGGCGGGGAAACGGAAAAUAAGCGAAUAGACGAAGCGACGAACAGAGGAGAAAGGUGCGGGAGCCGUAAGAAGCGCAAAAGAAAACGGCAAACGAAAGGAAAGGAAAGGAAAGGAACGAAAAGGAACGAAAAGUAACGAAAAGAAAAGAGAAAAUCAACACCAUUGAAGUGCGGAUUGAGAUUGAGAUUCAGAUUGGGCUUCGGCUUCAUACAACGGCGCAUCGCAGUUUACGAGUGUCCAUCACCACUACAACACCGUGCAGCAAUGGAAGACUAUUGGGGUCUUAGCAGCACUACGGAUAUAAAUUGCACUCAGCCCGCCAUCGAUGACUUCCCCAGAGACCUGUUCUCGGAGGCGCAAAGACAGUCCGGUGCUGUUGUACUUCAUGUUAUAGCCAGUUUAUAUUUAUUUGUAGCCUUAGCCGUAGUGUGUGAUGAGUACUUUGUGCCAGCAGUUGAGAAAAUAUGUGCAGCACUCAACAUGUCCAAUGAUGUGGCGGGUGCCACGUUCAUGGCCGCGGCCACCUCCGCCCCAGAGUUAUUCGUCAACGUGAUAGGAACCUUUAUCACGGAGGGCGACAUCGGAGUGGGCACGAUUGUCGGAUCGGCGGUAUUUAACAUCCUGGCAGUGGCCGCGUGCUGCGGAAUCGGAGCUGGCAUGACAAUACCCCUGGACUGGUGGCCACUGACGCGGGACAGCAUUGCAUACGGAGUCACAGUGGCCAUUCUCAUUUGUGUGAUGCACGACGAGCGCGUCGAGUGGUAUGAGGCCCUCAUCCUGGUCUCCCUGUAUGCCGUCUAUCUGGCGGUCAUGUAUUUCGACAAGACGUUCCAAAAGUGCGCCAAAGGUGGCGUUAAGCAGGCGCGUUCUCGCAGCCGGUCCUCCAACUGCAGCAUACAUACAAAGAACAGCAAUGAGAAGGAACCAGAGCUCGUGGAAAACCGCAUUUGCCAGAACAUGGCGAACAUACAGCUAAACGGAGGACUCAACAAUGACCAGGCCAAGGCCACAAGCACUGCCGGGGCCGGCACUGCCACCGCCACCAUUUCCGUCACCACCUCGACCAUGACCACAACAUUGAGCACCACCCACAGUGCCGGAGCAGGAGGAGGAGGUGCAGGUGCAGGUGGAGGUGGAGGGGGAGCAGUUGGUGUUUCUGCAGGACCAGGCGCCAUAGCCCAGAUGGCACCACUGGACGGUGCCGAGGCAGAAUCUCAGGUGGCUGUGGCCACGGUGGCCGCUGACGAGGACCGCGAGGAGGAGGGAUACUCGCUGCUCACCUACCCGAAGGAUAAGAGCUGCUUCUCCCAGUUUACCUGGCUCAUAAUUUGGCCGAUCCAUCUGCUAUUUCGCAUUGCCAUUCCUGACUGCAAAAAGGCCAAAAACAACAAGAUCUUCCCACUGACCUUCAUCAUGUGCAUAGUUUGGAUCGGUUCGCUUUCCUAUGUAGUUGCGUGGAUGAUAACCAUAAUAGGAGACACACUUAAGAUUCCCGACUCGGUGAUGGGGAUUACGUUCCUGGCAGCCGGUACCAGUGUUCCUGAAGCGGUGUCUAGUGUUAUUGUGGCGAAGCGCGGUCACGGAUCGAUGGGGAUCUGCAACUCUAUUGGGUCAAACACCUUCGACAUUCUGCUGUGCUUGGGCGUUCCCUGGCUGAUCAAGGCGGUAUUUUUCCCAAUCCAACCGGGCCAAAACUACGUGGCUAUAAACUCCGCCGGAUUGGAGUACUCGGCGAUCACUUUGCUGUCGACACUGUUCCUGCUUUACCUGACCUUCUCCACGAACAAGUUUAAGCUGGACAAGAAGGUGGGCACCGCCUGCCUGGUGAUGUAUCUGGUCUUCAUGGUUUUCGCCUCCCUCAUCGAACUUAAUGUGUUCUUCCGCGUCAACCUGCCCACCUGCGGUCGGUCAUGAAAUGGCAUGAAAUGCAUCCAAGAGUUGUGGGACAUUCGAAGGACGACCUAUAAAGCGCGACGUUUGGACGAGCGAUGUACCAUUUCGGAUGGAUGCAUGGAUGGAUGGAUGAAUGGAUGGAUGGAUGGAGUGAAGAGAUGACAGUCUUCUGACGCUGGCUCCGUUUUCGAUUCAGUUUUCGGCAGCUGGCUGGAACAACCCUAAGUGCAGUCGUUUAAUUAAUUAAUAUGUAUUUUCUGUUCUAUUCUAUCUACCUUGAUAGUUGAGUUACGUUAUACGUUAUGCUGUUAUUGUAAUAAUAUUUUUUUUUUUAUUAUUAUUAUUAAAGUAGACUCUUUCACAACCUUCGGUUGAAGACCAAAAGAUAAAUUCAAAUGGAUGAGAAGAAAUUAAAUAAUUUACGGAGCGGAGCAAAGGGAGAAAUGAAAAC